AUGCGCGUUCCCGCGCUGUUGGGCGCCCUGGCUGUGUUGAGCGCGCUCCUGUACCGGUUGCUGAGGCGGCGGGAGCGGGAGCGCGCUCAGGUGCUGUUCUUCCCGGUGGAGCCGGUGAUGUGCGCGCGGCCGCUGUGUGCUCGGGGCCGCGGCCCAUGUGAGUGCGGUCUGUGGCAGCGGGAGCGCGCGGCGUGCCGCCUGUGCGCGCUCCUCCUCACCGCCCAGCGCACGCUCGACGUCUGCGUCUUCACCAUCUCCAGCCGCGAGCUCGCGCACGCGGUGCUCGUCCUCCACCGCCGCGGCGUCCGCGUUCGCGUCAUCACCGACUCCGGUCACAUGGCGCUGGCCGCCUCCCAGGUCGGCAACUUCCGGAGAGCAGGAAUAGAAGUUCGACACGACCAAGACACAAACUACAUGCACCACAAAUUCGCAAUCGUUGAUGGAUCAAUCCUUCUGAACGGAUCGCUCAACUGGAGCUCCCAAGCCAUUUACGGAAACAAAGAAAAUGUCAUCGUUGUAAAACUUCCCGAUAUUGUGAAUCCGUUUGUGGAAGAAUUUGAAAGUCUUUGGAAUGAAUAUGAUCCGUCAAAGUUCAUCUUUUCUCCACAAAAGUAAAUGGUGACAUUGUGCCAGUGAAGGAGAUUGGCUGCUGCUGUUUGGGGGACAGUAGGCAUCAGUCAGAUGGACAAUUGGAAGCACUGCUUUGUGGUGCGAUAAUGUGUAGCCUCAAUAAGCAACAUUUCUGUUUUGUUGCAUCUUACGUUUUGUUCGACCAGGAUCAGUGAUCAAAAUGGUAAUUAUUUGAUUUCUGGUAUAAUGUGUCAUGUACAUUUGCACACAUUGCAUACUGGCAUUUUACACCUACACGUAGAAUAUACAUGCAUCGAGAGGAAUCUUUGUUCACUCAGGGACUUCGAUUGAAAUGUCAAAUUUGAUCCUAGUUCAGAGCUGGUAUUUGUUGUAGAAUCCUGCAGCCAAAACAGAAGGCAAGGAAGAUUGAAAGGGAAGGUAAUGGACAAACAAGGCCGGACAGAAGUGAUCACUGCUGCUGGUGUGGCUUCGGGGAGGUGAGGCUGGUGAUGGUGUUCAAUAGGCUGCCAACACUCACUAACACAGUCCUAGCUGGACACGUGUUAGAAUUACUACUUCUUACUGCAUUCUGUUCCAAACUCCAGGGUUGAUAGACUUUGUUGGGAUAUAGUCUGUUCUGUUCUUUCAAAGCAUUAAAUUCAGAUGUUGUAUUUUUCAAUUCUCCAGCGAUGAUGUUUGUGUGGUAACAAAUUUGAAGUCGCAGGUCUUUGAUAGUUCCUUACAAUUUUAUUGAUGUUAAACUAUAUUUUAUUGGCCCUAUGUGUACAGAAUGCUGCACAGCUGAGGCCGUUUGUUUUUUAAUCAAACAGCUUGUGAGAAUAAACAGUGAAGAAUGAUGAA